AUGCUUGAAGAUAAAUCCUCAGUGAUGACUACUGCUGUGUUGAAUCCUUGCGAACCGCCGCCGGGACUCAGGCUCGAGUUUUCCGUUUACCAUCCUCAUCAGUACGCUUCUCCUGCUCCACCUCCUCCCCAGAAGCCAAUGCCUCAUUAUCAGUAUCCAGCCCUGCAACCCCAUCACCAUCUGAACCAUCAUCACCUGGAAGCCAGUAGCUUUCCGACACACUCAUGGGGCAUGUGGGCACCGCAAGUGCCUCAGUUGACACCACCCGAAACCAGUCCCACCCAGGGCGCCACUUUCCCAACUGAUGCGCUCCUGCACCAUAUUCCAGCACCACCCGCUCCACAAACAGCCCCAGCCACCACUUACUUCCCACUCACACCACCCACUGUAACUGCUGAGCAGCACACUUACCUGGACUGCCACCAAAUGUUCACCAACAACCAGCACCACUGGAUGCAGCAACAACAUCAGCACCAACAGCACCACCACCAGCAGCAACAAACUCAGCCACCACAGCAACCAGAGUCGUGGUAUCCUGCACCUCCUUAUCCUGGUUGCUGGCCGCAAGCAGAAGCGCCCUCUGUGCCUGCAAAAGCCAAAGCUGACGCACCUGCUUGCACGUCCUCAGUAGCAGCGACAUCUAGGUCCUGCCGCCGAUGCCGGUGUCCGAAUUGCGUGGAGGCCAGUGCAACUGGAGAGAAGCGUAAGAUCCACGUGUGUCAUUUCCCGGGCUGCGAUAAGGCGUACAGCAAGACGUCGCAUCUCAAGGCUCACCUAAGGUGGCACCUCGGCGACAAACCGUAUGCGUGUCACUGGAUGUACUGCAAUCGAAGGUUCACGAGGGCUGAUGAGUUGCAGCGACAUCUGAGAACCCACACGGGCGAAAAGAGGUUUGCGUGUGCCACGUGUGACAAGAAGUUCACCAGGUCUGACCACUUGAGCAAGCAUUUGAAGACGCAUUCAGGUUCGACCGGUGCUAAAACACCGUCCAGUGACUCGAAUGACUCAUUUUAA